UGGGUCGGUCCCGGGUCGGUUCCGGGUCAGUCCCGGGUCGGUUCCGGUGCCGGGUCGGUCCCUCCCCGGUCCCUUCCGGCGGCGGCGGAAGCGGCGGGAGCGAUGGCGGAUCCGCGGCGGCCCGGGAGAGUGGCCCGGUACAAGCCCCCCUCCAGCGAGAGCAGCCCCGCGCUGGAGGACCCCACGCCCGACUACAUGAACCUGCUGGGCAUGGUGUUCAGCAUGUGCGGGCUGAUGCUCAAGCUGAAAUGGUGCGCUUGGAUCGCCGUCUACUGCUCCUUCAUCAGCUUCGCCAACUCCCGCAGCUCCGAGGACACCAAACAGAUGAUGAGCAGCUUCAUGCUCUCCAUCUCGGCCGUGGUGAUGUCCUACCUGCAGAACCCCCAACCCAUGUCCCCCCCGUGGUGACGGCGGCCGGGGGGGGUGGAGGGGGACACCCCCUGGGGGUGUGUUGGGGUGGGGCAAUAAAGGGGUGCUGAGAC